AGCUGCUUACCUCUCCGCCGCCGGGGGGGAGUUUACACCUGGCGAGGCCCGCCAAGCAGGAUUUGGGCGGGGGAGACACGUUUGUGGUAGUUGGAAGGUGGACCCUCGGAGCCUCUGCUUGUAGCCUUCAGUAGCAGAGAGGACACACCAUGGAUCUUAUGUCAGCACACUGAGGGUGUCAACCAAGAGCAAAGCCCCCAGCCCACCGGCACUGAAGAGUCUGGAUUCGUCAGGUUUCUCCCGGUGGUAUCCAGGAAACCUGGCUUUCACCAUGGACCACAAGGAGAAUCUUGUCGAUAAGGACCUCUCUCUCGUUGUGGUUUUGCCGGACGGGGUGGAAAAGAUGACCACGGUUCACGGCAGCAAACCCCUGAUGGAUCUGCUGGUGACGCUGUGUGCCAGGUACCACCUCAACCCGUCCAGCUACACCUUAGAACUCCUACCAGCCGGCCGGCACGACUUCAAGCUGAAGCCCAGCGCUCUCAUCGGAACCUUGGAGGCAGAGAAGGUGGUCCUCAAAGCCAGAGGAGACGACAAGAACAAGAAAGUCGGUCCUCACAUGCCAGAGGCCACGGUCCGCAUGGUGAUCAACUACAAGAAGAGCCAGAAAACUAUUCUCAGGGUCAGUCCGCAGGUUCCCCUGACUCAACUCCUACCAGCCAUCUGUGAGAAGUGUGAGUUUGCAGUGGAGAGCACACUUCUGUUCAGAGACCUGCACUCACCGGCCCCUCUGGACCUGUCCUGGUCCCUCAACCAUUACGCCAUCAGGGAGGUUUAUGCACGAGGUAAUCACAGUGAGGUCAUCAGGGAGGUUUAUGCACGAGGCUGUGGAGGAAACAGUCCUCCUCCUGCAUGUCUGGACUCCGCCCCCCUGGCAUGUCGUGGACAUGUUCUGGACUCCGCCAACCCGGCAGUUAGUGGACAUGUUCCGGACUCCGCCCCCCUGGCAGCAGUGACGCCUGGCAAGAAUAAGACUCAGAAAGAGAAGGAGAACAAAGGUCUCUUCAGCAAGUUCAGGAAGAGCAAGAAAACCUCGGCGCAGGCCACGACAGCCAGUGCCCCGGCUUCUCCGGUGCUGGUGAUCAAGCCUCGACCACUCAGCAUGGCCUUGCCCCGAUCCAGCUCGCCGCCGCUCACGUCCCCGACGUCGCCGGGCGGCGAGGCGCCCAAGAAGAGACGAGCGCCUCAGCCGCCCAUCCUGGUGUCUCAGAACUGCCACACCCACCCCGGCACCCGCCAGAGGUUCUACUCCGUACCCAACACCCCGCUGGACUGCCAUCAGGUGUCUGGGCCGAGUCCUGGCUCCUCAGCCGAGUCGUCACUGAAGAGACCCAAACGCAAGGCUCCCCUGCCGCCCACACCCCCGGGGGUGACUGUCCCCGAUACAGUUUUUGCUGAGGAAAAUACACAAGAGCUCCCAGCAGCUGAAACACUGGAGGAGAUUAUGGAGGAGACGUCGGCAGCUGCAACCCAGGUCCACGGAGAAGACCCGGGUCUCCCAGACCUUGGGGACGAUCAAUGUGGUGAUCUGUCCUCAGAUGGCAAAGCGCCACAGAUCUCAGGUGACACCUUGGAUGUGAAGACACUGGAUGGCACGUCUCACCUGACAGAACGUCAGUCCACACCUGAACAGCCCGGAGACGAGGACCGCGUCCAUGGAACCGACGGCCCCCAGCCGUCACCGCAGGGUACAGGGACAUCUCAGGCAUCUGUUGGGGAAACCUCCACGAAGGAGACGUCCGACCCCGAGCACCUGGGCACGAAGGACGCAUCACCCCCCAGUGGCGAGGACGCGCAAGUGCAGACAGACCCGGCUAUCUCUUCUGCCAACCAGACGGCGAACGUCACCACUUCCCCCGACCUCACCUGUAGCCGAGCCUCAGGGGCUUCCUCGUGCCAAGACUCCACGCCCAAAUCCCACAGCCGCGUAGACUUUGAGCCCAAGCCUUCCAAUGAGUUGACCAGGGACUACGUUCCCAAGGUGGGGAUGACCACGUACACUGUGGUGCCUCCCAAGUCCAAUGAGAAGCUGAGAUACUUUGAAGUCGCGCUGACACUGGAGUUGCCCCCUGCUGUUCAGUCCGACGGGGAGGGGCCACAAGCCGAUAGAUGCCUAGCUCAGUCCACUCCCGCCUCACCACCCAGCAGGUUGUGCUCACCUCAAGAAGGUCCACCAGGAGAGGUCAGGGCCACCAAAGUUCCACCCGCAACUAAACCCAAGCCGGGUUCUUUCCGCUUGUCCAAGCACAAAAAGACAGCUGGGUAUUACGUAACAUCAGCCGCAGACAAGACCGGUCCUGCUUCUGUGGACCAGGUGGACUUACCACCACACGAGGGCGCCACAGCGGCGACUGAUGCUCCCAGCCAGGUGCGGGAGACGAGGCAGAGCAAAGAGCAAAGGUUAAGCUUGGAGAAACUGAGGAGUUUUGCCACUCCCAGGCCUUUUUCCCCCAGCACGCCGUCCCGCUUCGCCCAGGCCGUGUCCUUUGCCGUGAGGCGGAGCCACUCCUUGCCACGCGGACCCGAGUCACCCGGCUCUCCGCUGAGGCCGAGUCCUCCUGCUGCCGGUCCGGGUUCCGUCGUUGAGGAGGCUGCAGUGUUGGAUUUGAAGGGCCAGGUACCAGGGGUCCAGGGUCAGGUGCCAGGGGUCCAGGGUCAGGUGCCAGGGGUCCAGGGUCAGGUGCCAGGGGUCCAGGGUCAGGUGCCAGGAGUCCAGGGUCAGGUGCCAGGAGUCCAGGGUCAGGUGCCCGAGGUCCAGAGUCAAACCACAUCCUCAGACGGAAGCCAAGAGCCACCAUUAGAAGCACCUGAUGACAGCAAAUGAUCUUCUGAGAACAUCUGGACUUAUUUGCCCCCAGACACCUUCAUAGACCUGACCCUUCAUGGACUUCAUAGACCUGACCCUUCAUGGACUUAUUUGCUCCCAGACACCUUCAUAGACCUGACCCUUCAUGGACUUCUCUGCUCCCAGUCACCUUCAUAGACCUUGACCCUUCAUAGACGUAUUUUCUCCCAGACACCUUCAUAGACCUGACCCUUCAUGGACUUCUCUGCUCCCAGACACCUUCAUAGACCUGACCCUUCAUGGACUUCUCUGCCCCCAGACACAUUCAAAGACCUGACCCUUCAUGGACUUCUUUGCUCCCAGACACCUUCAUAGACCUGACCCUUCAUGGACUUCUCUGCCCCCAGACACAUUCAAAGACCUUGACCCUUCAUAGACGUAUUUUCUCCCAGACACCUUGAUAGACCUGACCCUUCUGGACUUCUCUGCUCCCAGACACCUUCAUAAACCUGACCCUUCAUGGACUUCUCUGGUCCCAGACACCUUCAUAGACCUUGACCCUUCAUGGACUUAUUUUCUCCCAGACACCUUCAUAGACCUUGACCCUUCAUGGACUUAUUUUCUCCCAGGUACCUUGAUAGACCUGACGCUUCAUGGACUUCUCUGCUCCUAGACACCUUCAUAGACCUUGACCCUUCAUGGACUUAUUUUCUCCCAGACACCUUCAUAGACCUUGACCCUUCAUGGACUUAUUUUCUCCCAGAUACCUUCAUAGACCUGACCCUUCAUGGACUUCUCUGCUCCCAGAUACCUUCAUAGACCUGACCCUUCAUGGACUUCUCUGCUCCCAGACACCUUCAUAGACCUUGACCCUUCAUGGACUUAUUUUCUCCCAGACACCUUGAUAGACCUGGCCCUUCAUGGACUUCUCUGCUCCCAGACACCUUCAUAGACCUGACCCUUCAUGGACUUCUCUGGUCCCAGACACCUUCAUAGACCUGACCCUUCAUGGACUUAUUUUCUCCCAGAUACCUUGAUAGACCUGACCCUUCAUGGACUUCUCUGGUCCCAGACACUUUCAUAGACCUUGACCCUUCAUGGACUUCUCUGGUCCCAGACACCUUCAUAGACCUUGACCCUUCAUGGACUUAUUUUCUCCCAGACACCUUCAUAGACCUUGACCCUUCAUGGACUUAUUUUCUCCCAGAUACCUUCAUAGACCUGACCCUUCAUGGACUUCUCUGCUCCCAGACACCUUCAUAGACCUGACCCUUCAUGGACUUCUCUGGUCCCAGACACCUUCAUAGACCUGACCCUUCAUGGACUUAUUUUCUCCCAGAUACCUUGAUAGACCUGACCCUUCAUGGACUUCUCUGGUCCCAGACACUUUCAUAGACCUUGACCCUUCAUGGACUUCUCUGGUCCCAGACACCUUCAUAGACCUUGACCCUUCAUGGACUUAUUUUCUCCCAGACACCUUCAUAGACCUUGACCCUUCAUGGACUUAUUUUCUCCCAGAUACCUUCAUAGACCUGACCCUUCAUGGACUUCUCUGCUCCCAGACACCUUCAUAGACCUUGACCCUUCAUGGACUUAUUUUCUCCCAGGCACCUUCAUAGACCUUGACCCUUCAUGGACUUAUUUUCUCCCAGAUACCUUGAUAGACCUGACCCUUCAUGGACUUCUCUGCUCCUAGACACCUUCAUAGACCUUGACCCUUCAUGGACUUAUUUUCUCCCAGACACCUUCAUAGACCUUGACCCUUCAUGGACUUAUUUUCUCCCAGAUACCUUCAUAGACCUGACCCUUCAUGGACUUCUCUGCUCCCAGACACCUUCAUAGACCUUGACCCUUCAUGGACUUAUUUUCUCCCAGACACCUUGAUAGACCUGGCCCUUCAUGGACUUCUCUGCUCCCAGACACCUUCAUAGACCUGACCCUUCAUGGACUUCUCUGCUCCCAGACACCUUCAUAGACCUGACCCUUCAUGGACUUAUUUUCUCCCAGAUACCUUGAUAGACCUGACCCUUCAUGGACUUCUCUGGUCCCAGACACUUUCAUAGACCUUGACCCUUCAUGGACUUCUCUGGUCCCAGACACCUUCAUAGACCUUGACCCUUCAUGGACUUAUUUUCUCCCAGACACCUUCAUAGACCUUGACCCUUCAUGGACUUAUUUUCUCCCAGAUACCUUCAUAGACCUGACCCUUCAUGGACUUCUCUGCUCCCAGACACCUUCAUAGACCUUGACCCUUCAUGGACUUAUUUUCUCCCAGGCACCUUCAUAGACCUUGACCCUUCAUGGACUUAUUUUCUCCCAGAUACCUUGAUAGACCUGACCCUUCAUGGACUUCUCUGCUCCUAGACACCUUCAUAGACCUUGACCCUUCAUGGACUUAUUUUCUCCCAGACACCUUCAUAGACCUUGACCCUUCAUGGACUUAUUUUCUCCCAGAUACCUUCAUAGACCUGACCCUUCAUGGACUUCUCUGCUCCCAGACACCUUCAUAGACCUUGACCCUUCAUGGACUUAUUUUCUCCCAGACACCUUGAUAGACCUGGCCCUUCAUGGACUUCUCUGCUCCCAGACACCUUGAUAGACCUGACCCUUCAUGGACUUCUCUGCUCCCAGACACCUUCAUAGACCUGACCCUUCAUGGACUUCUCUGCUCCCAGACACCUUCAUAGACCUGACCCUUCAUGGACUUCUCUGCUCCCAGACACCUUCAUAGACCUGACCCUUCAUGGACUUAUUUUCUCCCAGAUACCUUGAUAGACCUGACCCUUCAUGGACUUCUCUGGUCCCAGACACCUUCAUAGACCUGACCCUUCAUGGACUUCCUUUAAUGCCGCUUCUAUUUUCAGUGUGAUGCUCUAACUUGCAUUUCAUGCAUUGCUGUUUUAGAGGAGCAGAAUAUAAACAAUUCUCUAAAUGUUGAUUUUCAGAGUUGUAGUGAAGUGUGUUGGGGCAAUAGUCCAUAAUAGUCCAGGUCAGGCUGAUGGUACUCAAAGACCCGCAGAGGAGUCUUUUCUAUUUAAAUGUGCUGAAGCUGUAUGCCAGAAAUAAGGAAUAAAGGUGACGUAAAACUGAAGCUGUGAUCCUUCCAGCUGCUCCCGUGGAAACCAUAAGUGCAAGUGUGCAACAUGACGGCCAUAAGUACAUAUGUGCAACAUGACGGCCAUAAGUGCAUAUGUGCAACAUGACGGCCAUAAGUGCAUAUGUGCAACAUGACGGCCAUAAGUGCAUAUGUGCAUCAUGACGGCCAUAAGUGCAUAUGUGCAACAUGACAGCCAUUGGCGUAGGUGUGCAACAUGACGGCCAUAAGUGCAUAUGUGCAACAUGACGGCCAUAAGUGCAUAUGUGCAACAUGACGGCCAUAAGUGCAUAUGUGCAUCAUGACGGCCAUAAGUGCAUAUGUGCAACAUGACGGCCAUAAGUGCAUAUGUGCAACAUGACGGCCAUAAGUACAUAUGUGCAACAUGACGGCCAUAAGUGCAUAUGUGCAACAUGACGGCCAUAAGUGCAUAUGUGCAACAUGACGGCCAUAAGUGCAUAUGUGCAACAUGACGGCCAUAAGUGCAUAUGUGCAUCAUGACGGCCAUAAGUGCAUAUGUGCAACAUGACAGCCAUUGGCGUAGGUGUGCAACAUGACGGCCAUAAGUGCAUAUGUGCAACAUGACGGCCAUAAGUGCAUAUGUGCAACAUGACGGCCAUAAGUGCAUAUGUGCAUCAUGACGGCCAUAAGUGCAUAUGUGCAACAUGACGGCCAUAAGUGCAUAUGUGCAACAUGACGGCCAUAAGUGCAUAUGUGCAACAUGACGGCCAUAAGUACAUAUGUGCAACAUGACGGCCAUAAGUGCAUAUGUGCAACAUGACGGCCAUAAGUGCAUAUGUGCAACAUGACGGCCAUAAGUGCAUAUGUGCAACAUGACGGCCAUAAGUGCAUAUGUGCAUCAUGACGGCCAUAAGUGCAUAUGUGCAACAUGACAGCCAUUGGCGUAGGUGUGCAACAUGACGGCCAUAAGUGCAUAUGUGCAACAUGACGGCCAUAAGUGCAUAUGUGCAACAUGACGGCCAUAAGUGCAUAUGUGCAUCAUGACGGCCAUAAGUGCAUAUGUGCAACAUGACGGCCAUAAGUGCAUAUGUGCAACAUGACGGCCAUAAGUGCAUAUGUGCAACAUGACGGCCAUAAGUGCAUAUGUGCAACAUGACGGCCAUAAGUGCAUAUGUGCAACAUGACGGCCAUAAGUACAUAUGUGCAACAUGACGGCCAUAAGUGCAUAUGUGCAACAUGACGGCCAUAAGUACAUAUGUGCAACAUGACGGCCAUAAGUGCAAGUGUGCAACAUGACGGCCAUAAGUGCAUAUGUGCAUCAUGACGGCCAUAAGUGCAUAUGUGCAACAUGACGGCCAUAAGUGCAUAUGUGCAACAUGACGGCCAUAAGUGCAUAUGUGCAACAUGACGGCCAUAAGUGCAUAUGUGCAACA